CCAGUUCCUGAUCGACAUAGAAGAGGACGGGACAAUUUCCAAUGAAACGGGACUUGGGGUCAUAUUCCGGGUUAUCCGGGGACAUGCGAUCGAAGUUCGGGAAGGACACCUGGAAAGUAGGCACGGCGUUUGGGUUGGUUUCGUCGUACUGGUCCUUGAUGUAAUCAAUGGCCAGAUCGUUCGUAAUGGAUGCGCCGCCCCACGGUGUUUCGAUGGAGACGAAAUUUGCCUGGAUAUCAAACAUGUGGUUCUUCAUGAGGGUAAAGAGACCAACGGCUUGGCAAUCGUAGUGGAGAUCGUCGCAGGUGAUGAUGUGUGGAUCCCCCCACAUCCCACAGACGGCACCGGUGCACUCGUUGAUGUGUUCGUUGAAGGUCAUGGGAAUUGGGGGUGACGAGCACAGUCCAUCACUGACACCCAGCAUCGAGUUGCCAUUUUCGUCGACACCGGUUUCCCGUCCGGGGAUGCACUGGGACCACAAACAUUCGCCGUCCUCCGAAUACUCAUGGCAGUGGGCGUACCACCCCGUGCAGCAAUCUCCGGGCCGGGGAAAGUUGGUGUCGAAGUCCCACAGGCAGCAAUCGGUCUUGACUGUUGGAUCGACUUCGCACUGGGCAAACCACCAGUUGCCCUCGCAUUUGUACCCUUCGGCGCAGUCGUUGUUCUCGGUGUCGUAGCAGCGACUCCAAAGCGCCCGGUCCGUCUUUUGGUCCCGGUGGUCGCAGAUCCCGGGGGGGUCCUCGAAGACCAUCGGAACCUCGGUGUCGCAGAAGCCCCACUCGUUGCACUCAGAUCCGGCGCAGCAAUCUCCGACGUUUUCGCACUUGUUGUUCCACGAGACGCAACACUCGUGGUCCGCCGCGGGGUCCGGAAAACAGGCUGCGUAGUCCUGGUACUUGAGCUCACAGAUGUAUCCGGGGUCGCAUUCCUUGUACUCGACGCCAAUUUCGCGAUUGUAGUUGGGAGACAUAAAAGAGUGGUCGUAGUGGCAGCGGCCCCACUUGUUUCUCUGGGGCUCGUAAUCUGGAGACAGACGGUAGAUGGAACGAAUACAUAAAUACAUGAGAAAAAAAGCAGUUUGUCAGUCAUCGUGUUCUACCCAGCUGUUGUGUCAAACCCUAAUGAAUGCUGUGUCAUGCGAAUGCUACCGCAACACAAACAAACAAGCAAGCAAGCAAACAAACCACCGCKGGACAAUUGGCUUCGCUGUCGCUUACCAGCGCCGGGAAUGUGUCCCCACCACAUUAAGUUGCGAAUGUCUUCGCUGAGAUUCCAAUAGUCGAACAUCCCGUACCAGCGUUCACACUGCUGGUUUACAUCGGAGGCCGUCUCGCCUGCCAUGGAAUUGACGAGAUAAGAUGCCGUAGUCCUGUUCUCCAUCAGUCCGGUAUUCUCGUUGUAUAUCUCAUCAACCAUGUAGCAACCCCAGUCCUUGAUGGAAGAAAAAAAGUGUUCGUUGGGCCCGGGAGUGUUGCCGAGAGCGAUGUCUUGCGAGAGGGGGUAACGGCCCUCUAUGUCUUGAUUGUUCACGCGCCGGACAGUAGCAACCAUAAAGUCGCACCAGUCGUCGGGGUGGGUCGAAGCCCACGCGAACGGCCAGUUGUUCCAGUCCCCCUGGGAGUGGUCACAGUACAGAGCGGUCAAUUGGCCGGGAAUUGGAUCGAAGGGCAGCGGGUCCCCGCAGUGCCAGAGUGCGUUCUCCAUGGUUCGGAAAACGUAGACGUCACAUUCGUUG